CGCAGCUGGCCAUGUGACGGCCGACAAAAGCAGGCGAGCCGCAGUCUCCAGUUUUCAGCGUCCGCGGGGAGGCGGCGGUAAACACACGACUGACAACCUGAUCGAAAUAACGCUUGAUUCCGUAAUACACGUGAGUAGGGCGCUAGCGCGUCUGUCGUGACGAAGGUAACGGUCUUUUGAAGUAUUCGAUCGUACGAGGUGGGCAGAGAUAUGAGGAGCUGUUUUUAACCUACAAAAGUAGUGUCCUGAAGUUUCAUUUACCGACCGACGUCUGCUAUAUGUGAUUAGGAACAAACAAACACUGGGCUCUGACAGCUCCAAUUUUUUAUUGGCUCCCUGCAGUUGUCUGUCCUGAGGUAUCUGACGAUGCAAGGGCACUAGGACCGGAGUCUCGUCCGUGGAGCGCUGUGUCGGUAUCGGCCGUCUCACGAGGCUGAGGGCGCGGCCGCAGGAGUGCGCCGGCAUGCCCGAGCAGCUGGAGCUGCAGCAGCUGGUGGAGGCGGACGACGAGGCGGGCGGGCGCGGCUCGUCGGGGCCGGGCGCGGCGCGCUGCCCCUACCUGGGGCUGGUGCUGGCCACGCUGUCGUCGCUGCUGUUCUCGCUGUGCAGCGUGAUCGUCAAGUGGCUGGUCGAGGUGCACCCCAUGCAGCUGGCCGCGUGCCGCUUCGCCGGCGUGCUGCUGCCCGCGCUGCCCAUCGUGCUGUGGCGCGCGGAGCCCGUGUUCCCGCGCGGCCGCCGCCUCAUGCUGCUGCUGCGCUCCUUCGUCGGCACCACCGGCCUCAUGCUCAGCUUCUACGCCUUCAGGCACAUGCCGCUGGCGGACGCUUCGGUGGUGGUGUUCAGCGUGCCGGUGUUCGUCGCCAUCUUCGCGCGGCUCUUCCUGAAGGAGCCGUGCGGCCCGUUCCAUGCGCUCACGAUCGCGCUCACGCUGGUGGGCGUGGUGCUCAUCACGCGGCCGCCGCUGCUCUUCGGCCACGCAGCCGCGCCGCCGCUGGGCGCCGGAGGGCCCGUUGAGAGCGACGCCUGGGGAGCGGCGGCGGCAUUUGCAGCGACGCUGUUCGGCGCCAACGCGUACGUGCUGCUGCGCGCGCUCAAGGGGCUGCACUUCGCCGUCGUCAUGUGCAACUUCGGCGCCUUCGCACUCGUGCAGACCACGCUGGUCGCUGCCGCGCUCGGCGCCCUCUGCAUGCCCAGGUGUGGCUUCGACAGGUUCCUGGUUGUGGCCCUGGCACUGCUCAGCUUUGGAGGACAGAUCCUGCUCACAAUGUCUCUACAACUGGAGCAGGCUGGUCCUGUAGCCAUUGCUCGCUCAGCAGAUAUUGUUUUUGCUUUCAUAUGGCAGCUCCUUUUCUUCAAAGAAGUGCCAAACAGAUAUAGUGUGAUGGGUGCUGUGCUUGUAACAUGCUCUGUGUUGCUCACUGGCUUACGCCGUUGGGCGCUGGCAUUACCGGAAGCGUCACCUCUGCGACGGCGCCUUGGGCUCCUUGCUAGGUGAGGCGAGUGCAGCUCACAAGCACAAUAGAAGACUGGAUUCGUGAUGGAUGUUAAAACGAGGGCAUCAGUGUAACAUUACACUGAUGGCUGUUGAUGGAUUAGUGACAUUUAUAGUUGUGACACAAACAAACUAUUCUACUAUCCAGGAUGUGAUAGAUGGUGAUUGUGACUAUCAGAUGAACUAUUCAAAGUGUGUCUGUUGUUGCACUCAUCUACAUUUAUACUGGAUUGUUGCUAUGUUUUAAGACUCCUGAUUAAGUGAUUACACUUUACUAAGUGUGCACAGUGUUCAGGCAUUACCUAUCUCUGUGUGCAUGUUUAAAAUAAUAGUAACUUGUUCUGUAUUGUAGCCUAAAUAACCAUGUUAUUGUAUUGUUGUACCAUGAAUGCAUAUUGAUUUUUGGUGCUAUUGUUUGGGAAACUACUUUCCAGCUUUUCAUGAAAAUACUAUUAAUACUUUACCCUCAAGUGUGUUUCAACUUUUUUGACACAUUUGCUAUUGAUGGACAACAUUUUAUAUGGAAGCUGGCAUAACAAAGAUAUAAACUAUUCAUUAUACUGCUUCACAGUGCUGUGUGAUUACAUCUUCUGUUAACAGUUUUCGGGAAGCAAUAAGUUUAAUGACUGAUGUUCUUUGAUGUUGAGAUAGUAUAUAAGCUCAAGAAGCUGAAUCAUAUUGUUUUAAAUCUUUACCUGGUAAAAUCAUCUGACAUUCAGCAAUUUGUACAAUGGCUAUAAAUAAACAAUACUCCGUUCUCGUGAUGAAACCUGAAGACUGAAUGUAGAGACAAUUAGGAUGUCAUAUUAGGGUUAUGCUGUUGGCUUUUCCCUGCAAAUGAGGCAUUUAAUUGCCUUUAGAGUGUCUACUACAGUUCUUUGAAGGUAUUAUUUUGCAAGAAGGUCAUUAAGAGAUGGAAUUAAGUGUUAUGUCUAGUUUAUUAUUUUGUGGCAGCAUCUAUGCAGAUAUUUUUAAUCGUUAAAAAGACUGAUUUAUUUCCUGUCUAUUUUGGUGGUAGGUUAGACCAGAGAUAGUAAUCAGGAACUGGUCUUGCAUAUGAAUUGAUGAAGAGAACUGCAGUUUGCUAUAACUUUUUAAGUAUAUGGGCUACUUCCAAACAAAAAUGUACUCUUCCACAUAGCACUAUAUUUGGUGGCAAACCAUGGGAAGUAUGAAGCAUUGGAUAUAUUUGGUUCAUUUGUAAAAGAAAAAAAGGUAGUUAAUACACUAUAUCUGUAAGACUAGAUACUCUGAAUAAUUAAACUUGUUUGCAGCUUGCCUGAUACAUCUGAAAACUGCAUGUGAUUCUUCAAUACUGGUAACCUGUUUUUGAAACAAAAACUGAUUAAAAUAAGUCAAAAGAAAGGACAAAAUAAGUAACAAAUAUUUUAUGGAGUAUGCAUCUAUUAAAAUCUCAUAGGGAGUGCGACAUUAUUUCACAGUUUCAAAUACUAGCUGAACAAUGAGAUUUGAUUGCUCUAUUAUUUUUUAAAUCAUUAGAUGUGAAUCCUAGUAUUGUCCCUUUCAAAAGGCUGUGACCAGUUUCAGCUAUCAUUGUCCACUUUAUGAUUGUGCCCCAUCUGUUGUGACCUUUUUGUCAAUGGGAUAUUAAACUUUAAUCUUAUUUUCUUCCUUUUUAGUAUGUACUCUUAUAAAAGAGAAUGGUGGAAUGAAAACACUUCAUCAGCCUCUGACUGCUCUGUUACCAAACUAUAUAUGAGAAAUCAGCAGAUAAACAUCAACAUGCUGUAAGCAGUAUUGGUGCACAUUACUUUGCGAUAGAGACAGAUAAAACUCUGAGUUAAUAACUGCAUGAUACCAUUAUGUAAUACCUGUUUGAUGAGCUCAGGAUCCACCAGCAGACAUAAAACUACUAUGUGUUGCCAUCAUCUUCAUAGAGGAUGAUGAAUACAU